CCGGGUGGCAGCCCUGCGGAAGAGGAGGAUCACUUUCCCAAGUUGCAGGCAGUCGGAAGGGAGCACCAUGACCUUCCACAAAAUCAACUACCAAGUCAAAAUCAAAACCGGCCACUACGGGUUCCGGAAAGAAGUCAAGAAAAGGGUUUUGAACGAUGUCAGUGGUGUCAUGAAACCUGGUCUCAAUGCCAUUUUAGGACCCACUGGCUGCGGCAAAUCUUCGCUCUUGGACAUCUUAGCUACAAGGAAAGAUCCUUUAGGGCUGUCUGGUGAAAUUUUGAUAAAUGGCUACAAGCUGCCUCCACAUUUUAAAUGUAUUUCUGGAUAUGUAGUACAGGAUGACAUAGUGAUGGGAACUCUGACAGUCAGAGAAAACUUAGCAUUCUCAGCUGCCCUUCGGCUUCCUCUGUCAAUGAACGCUGAGGAAAAGCAAGAGAGAGUCGAAAUGGUCAUCAAAGAACUGGACUUGGUUAAAGUUGCAGAUUCAAAGGUUGGCACGGUAUUUACCCGUGGAAUUUCUGGAGGAGAAAGGAAAAGGACCAGCAUUGGGCUAGAGCUGAUUACACACCCGACAGUCUUGUUCUUAGAUGAACCCACAACUGGACUGGAUGCCAGCACAGCCAAUGCUGUCCUGAUGCUCUUGAAAAGGCUGUCACAUCAAGGAAAAACAAUAAUUUUUUCCAUCCACCAGCCUCGGUAUUCGAUUUUCAAAUUGUUCGACACCCUGACACUUCUUGCUGCUGGAAGGCUGAUCUAUCAUGGGCCAGCUGAUGAAGCUCUUGAGUAUUUUAAAAAUUUGGGUUUUGUCCAUGAGCCUUUUGACAAUCCUGCUGAUUUUUUUCUGGAUAUCAUCAAUGGAGAUUCAACUGCUGUAGAAAUGAGUAAAACCUCUAUUGACACUUUUGAGAUUGAUAGGACCAUAGAAGACCAGGAUACCAUUGCAGAAAUACUGACUAUGAAGUUUUCCAAAUGUGAUUACUACAAGAUGAUGAGAGAAGACCUGGAUCAGCUGUCCUUUGAAGUCACCCAAAAGGGUGAAGUUUAUAAAGAGAUUCCAUACUCCACACCCUUUAUUCAUCAGCUCAAAUGGUUGUCGAUGCGCACCUUUAAAAAUCUGAUAGGCAACCCACAAAAUUCCACUGCCCAGCUGGCUAUUAUCACUGGUAUGGCAAUAAUUUUUGGAGCCGUUUAUGCUGGAGUUAAAAAUGAUAUGGCUGGCAUUCAAAAUAGAGUCGGUGCUUUCUUCUUCAUGACGACCAGUCAGUGUUUGAAUAGUAUUACAACUGUUGAACUUUUUAUCACAGAGAAAAGGCUAUUUAUGCAUGAAUAUAUCGGUGGCUACUAUAGAGUGUCUGCGUAUUUCUUCUCAAAGAUCAUAGCUGACAUGAUGCCCAUGAGGACUUUGCCAGGCAUUAUCAUCACCAGCUUAAAUUACUUCACAAUAGGUUUCAAGCCAAAGGUAGAGUCCUUCUUUAUCAUGAUGGCCACACUUAUACUAGUAGCCUAUGCAGCCAGUUCUCUGGCCCUCGCAGUAGCAACAGGACAAAGCGUUACAUCGGUUGCAAAUCUCCUCAUAAACAUUUGCUUCAUGUUUAUGAUUGUUUUCUCUGGCUUGCUGGUAAAUCUUCUAACCAUUUCACCUUGGUUGAUGUGGCUGCAAUAUCUCAGCAUCCCUCGCUACGGCUACAAUGCUCUGCAAGUCAAUGAAUUUAUUGGGCUCAAGUUUUGUAGGGAUCUCCCGCCAGGAGUCAAUGCGUCAUACGUCUCGCAUGACCUGUGCACUGGAGAACAAUACCUGGCGAGUCAAGGCAUUGAUGCCAGUGAUUGGGGAAUGCUGCAGAAUUAUGUUGCACUUGCAGUCAUGACCGUGAUCUUCCUGGCAGUGGCAUACCUGAAACUGAGAUAUCUAAAGAAGUAUACUUAAAUAAGUAGAGUGCACAUUCCUCCUCAAGACGGCAAUGUACUGUUAUAGUA